CAGCCUCGCCGUCAGGCACUGCAGGAGCGCUGGCGGGGUGGGCCAGGGGCUUGGAGUGUCUGCAGGCACUGCGGGGGGCCCCGGGGGCUCAGCCCCCAGCUAGGGGGGCCCUGGGGCUGAGGCAGGGGCCAUGUCGACGCUGGCCCCCCUGCGCCUGCUGCGUGAGCCCUGGAACGCCAGUGAGGGCAACCAGAGCAAUGCCACGGCCGGGGCCGGCAGCGCCUGGUGCCAGGGGCUCAACAUCCCCAACGAGCUCUUCCUCACGCUGGGGCUGGUGAGCCUGGUGGAGAACCUGCUGGUCGUGGCUGCCAUCCUGAAGAACAGGAACCUGCACUCGCCCACGUACUACUUCAUCUGCUGCCUGGCUGUCUCCGACAUGCUGGUGAGCGUCAGCAACCUGGUGGAGACACUCUUCAUGCUGCUGAUGGAGCACGGCGUGCUGGUGAUCCACGCCAGCAUCGUCCGCCACAUGGACAACGUCAUCGACAUGCUCAUCUGCAGCUCCAUCGUGUCCUCCCUCUCCUUCCUGGGGGUCAUCGCCGUGGACCGCUACAUCACCAUCUUCUACGCCCUGCGCUACCACAGCAUCAUGACGCUGCAACGGGCCGUGGUGACCAUGGCCAGCGUCUGGCUGGCCAGCACCGUCUCCAGUACCAUCUUCAUCACCUACUACCGCAACAACGCCAUCCUCCUCUGCCUCAUUGGCUUCUUCCUCUUCAUGCUGGUCCUCAUGCUGGUGCUCUACAUCCACAUGUUCGCCCUGGCCCGCCACCAUCUCUGCAGCAUCUCCAGCCAGCAGAAGCAGCCCACCAUCUACCGCAGCAGCAGCCUGAAGGGAGCCAUCACGCUCACCAUCCUCCUGGGCGUCUUCUUCAUCUGCUGGGGGCCCUUCUUCUUCCACCUCAUCCUCAUCGUCACCUGUCCCACCAACCCCUUCUGCACCUGCUUCUUCAGCUACUUCAACCUCUUCCUCAUCCUCAUCAUCUGCAACUCGGUGGUUGACCCCCUCAUCUAUGUCUUCCGGAGCCAGGAGCUCCGGCGGACGCUGCGGGAGGUGGUGCUGUGCUCCUGGUAGGCAGCAGGACACUGGGAAUGGCACAGCCACCCCCUCCAUGGGAUGGACGGAUGGACGGACAGACGGAUGGAUGGAUGGAUGGACAGACGGGACAUGCCGUGGGGC